AAAAGGAAUAGAAUUGGACUUCAAAAAUACAAUUCUCUUACUCUUCAUAGUCCUCUCCUUUCCAUUUCCAACCCCUCUCUCUCUAAAACUUUCUCUCUCUAGACCACAAAGUUUCCAAAAUCUUAACUUUUGAUUACAUUAUCCACUUUCACUGUCACUGCCCAUAAUUUUAUUUUUUUCACUUUAAAGCCCCAAUCUUUCUUUUUUGCUGCUUUUCAGUCCUGCUUCAAAGCUUGACACUCACAAAAGCUUUAAUCUUUCUUGUCAGGAAACUCAUACCAAUUCAAGAAAAUCAAGAAACUUGAAUGGCUUUUUGUUCCUGUUAUUCCUCUGCAAAAUCAAUAAACUAAACUGUAAUUUUUAUUUAUUUUUUCCCGCCUAAUUUUUGAGAAUUUUUCUAGCUACUCAAAAAAGCUAGAAAUUUACAGAAAGAUUGGAUUUUUACCUCUUCUGCAACUCAUUUAGUGGGUUUCUCAGGAUGUUCUAUGGACUUUAAUCUCAAGACACCUUGGAGAUUAACAGAAUUGAGAAACCAAAACAUACCUUACAGUGCUCGAAAUUCUGAGUUUAGUUGCUCAGGGCUCGAUCAAAUCGCGGGGAAUUGCUCAGUAGACUUGAAACUAGGCAAUUCAAGUGAUUUGGCUGACCAAUUUGGAGUUAUAGAGGACUCUGUAAUGGAAUCAUCGUCGUCAGGAUCAUCGAAAAGAAUUCGGACACCUGCCAAUGGUACGCAAGUCCCUUUAUGUUUGGUUGAUGGAUGUACUUCGGAUCUUAGUAAAUGCAGGGACUAUCAUCGACGACAUAAAGUGUGUGAGCUCCAUUCGAAGACUCCGAAGGUUUUUAUUAAAGGUCAGGAGCUUCGAUUUUGUCAGCAGUGCAGCAGGUUUCAUUCCUUAGUGGAGUUUGAUGAGGGAAAACGAAGCUGUAGAAAACGUCUGGAUGGACAUAAUCGUCGCCGGAGGAAACCUCAACCAGAUUCUAUGAAUUUAAAUUCUGCACGGUUAUUUUCCCAUCACCAAGGGACAAGAUACCUUCAGUUUGGAGAACCCGAAAUAUUUUCGACUAGUGCUGCAAGCUCCGGUUGGGUUGGGACAGUCAAACCCGAGAAUGAUCCGAUGCUUUACGCUAAUCAAUCCUCGAUUAACUUUAGUAGCGGAAAAAACCUUUUCCCGGGAUCAAUGUCUAAUAGCUAUAGAGGUGGAAAGCAGUUUCCGUUCUCGCAAUGUACUAGUUCUUCUUCAGUACCUGGAGAAUCUAUCUGUCAAACCGAGUUCCCUGAUGGAGCAAACCGAGUAAUCGACUCGAAUUGUGCUCUCUCUCUUCUGUCAUCACCGCCACAAACUGAAACUCGGGAGAUCAGUCCUAUGAGCCACAUGGUGCACCCUAACCUAAACCUGGCAGCUCAAUCCCUCAACUUUAGCAAUCUUGGAAUGGAGAGUGGAGCAGUGAAUUCUGUUAGCAAUGCCAAUCUCCAUGGUCAUGAAAUGUUUCAGAUCGGACCCGACGGAUCAUCGGCAAGCGAUUCUCAUCAGACACUUUCCUUCUCUUGGGGAUAGUAGUAUCAGUAUGCACCAAUUCUGACUCUUCUUUUGUGAUCAAAUGCUUAAAAUGUGUGUUUUUUUUUCUCCUAAUAAGAUUGUUUAUGAGAUUAUGAUGCUGCUGCUGUCUUAUUCAGAUCUCUUUCAGGAAGAUUGUUGAGUUCCAAUCCAAGAUGCUAUUGUACUCUAAGUGCAUGUUCUUCUUUUAUUUUUUAUUUUCUUACCAAUGUUAGAAAAAAAAUGCAUUUUCUGAAGUGCAUGUUCUUCUUUUAUUUUUUAUUUUCUCCAUUAUUCCCUAUCAUAUGUACUAUCUAAAUCCUACUAGUUUCUAAUAAAACUUAUCAUGGAUGAUUUUAUCUUUUUUUAUAUAUAACAAAAUUCCGGUGU